UAAAAUAUCUGUUACAGAUAACCCACAAAGCGAACAUUCUAAACCACACAUGCAUUUAAGAAAUGCCUCUUGCCUGGGACAUUUGCUGAUGGUAUGCAGUUGCUUGCGAGAACAUGCCUUUUUCGUGGUGACGGCUGUUGUGAUGAUAAAUAUACGGGGGGGGGGGGACGCGGGGGAGCCAAGGUGUUUUGACUGCAAGCAUGACUGCUCUGCUAAGAAUGGCUACGGGCAUGCUGGUGGCAGUGGGGAUGACUGCCCCAGUGACCCCUGCAAGGAUGUCGUGAUGGCUGUAAGGAUGAUGACUGUAGGGCGGAUGGUUGUAGGGGUCAGAUCACUGUCGGUGACUAGCUGGAAUGUCCAUAAGGGUGACAGCCAUGAGGCUGCUGAUUGUGAGGGUGCCAGCAGCAAUGAUGAUGAUGGUGGGGGUGACGUCCGAGGCUGCUGGCUGUAGGGUGCUUGCUGUCGCGACGACAGGCUGUAGGGGAUGACUGUAGGGUCAUGGUUGUAGGGGUGGUAGUGGUGAUAGUGAUGACCUUGGUGAUGCAAGACGACCAGGAGCAUUGGCCUAACAGGCAGAGAUGGCCCCGCUUCUGGCUUCUGGCUUCUGGUCGGCGGGAGAAGAGGCUUGAGUAGGCCAUAUCAUGUCAAGUCGAUGGGCCACGUCCAAGGAGAUGGAGCAGGGCAGGUAAUGAUUGACACGAGACGGCAGGGUAGGGACUUUUCUCUGCUUGUUCAACCUAAGAGCCGUCUGUAUCAGAAUCUCUGGAGACUGAAGUUGGGACUUCCUUCCUCCCUCGGGGCCGGCGGGGGCUGCGAUUGCUGUAAGAGCAGGUCACGUGGCUGGGCUUCCUGUAUGCUGCUGCCGCUGGGUGUCCAUGGCCCGUGCCCCCAAGCUGCCACUCCAGCACGCAGAGUGGCAGCCAGAGGCUCAGUCCAUGCCGUGCCCCCUGGACGGUGCUCGUGAGGCUGAGCAAGAGGCCUCGGCAUCUCGACACCUAAGAUUGCGGGGACGGAGUGUCACCAGGGCAGAGGACCAUGUUGCGCCGCAAACCCUCCAACGCCAGCGAUAAGGAGCCCACUCAGAAGAGAAAGAUCUCACUUCAGCGCUCCAGCAGCUUCAAGGAUUUUGCCAAAUCCAAACCCAGCUCCCCCGUGGUGAGCGAGAAGGAAUUUAAUCUGGAUGAUAAUAUUCCAGAAGAUGAGUCAGGUGUCCCUACCGCAGAAGAUGCUGGGAAGAGUGGCAAAAAGCUGGGGAAAAAGUGGAGGGCCGUGAUUUCCAGAACCAUGAACAGGAAGAUGGGCAAGAUGAUGGUGAAGGCGCUGUCAGAAGAGAUGGGAAACACUCUGGAGGAGGGCUCCGCCUCCCCGACAUCUCCAGACUGCAGCCUGGACAGCCCCGGCCCCGAGAAGAUGGCACUGGCCUUUUCUGAGCAGGAGGAGCGUGAGCUCCCAGCACUUAGCCGCCAGGCCUCCACGGGCAGUGAGCUCUGCAGCCCCAGCCCAGGUUCUAGCAGCUUCGGAGAGGAACCACCUGCCCCCCAGUACACAGGGCCCUUCUGUGGCAGGGCACGAGUCCACACCGACUUUACUCCCAGCCCCUACGACCGUGACUCGCUGAAACUGCAGAAAGGAGAUGUGAUCCAGAUCAUUGAAAAGCCACCUGUGGGCACGUGGCUGGGCCUGCUCAAUGGCAGGCUGGGAUCUUUCAAGUUCAUCUACGUGGAUGUGCUGCCUGAGGAGGCUGCAGGGCCCGCCCGCCCCAGUCGCCGACAAAGCAAGGGCAAGAGGCCCAAGCCCAAGACUCUGCAUGAGCUGCUGGAGCGCAUAGGCCUGGAGGAACACACAUCCACCCUGCUGCUCAAUGGCUACCAGACACUGGAGGACUUCAAAGAGCUGCGGGAAACACACCUCAAUGAGCUGAACAUCAUGGACCCACAGCACCGGGCCAAGCUGCUCACGGCCGCCGAGCUGCUGCUGGACUACGACACCGGCAGCGAGGAGGCGGAAGAGGGUGCGGAAAGCAGCCAGGAGACAGCUGCAAACACAGUGUCUGGACCCAAGGUGGACAUUCCUCGAGACUCUGGCUGCUUCGAGGGCUCAGAGAGCGGACGUGAUGAGGCCGAGUUGGCAGGCGCUGAGGAGCAGCUGCAAGGCCUCUCCCUGGCCGGGGCGCCUUGAGGCAGAGGUGGAGGCGCGGGCCGAGGUCGGGGCCCCAGCAGCAAAGACUGCAGGGAUGGGCCCGGCCUCCCACGGUGGCGCACUCCCUGGAGGACUGGUGCUGAGCCGGGCCCUGCUCCCCUAGGAGCGCCCAGGGCGGCAGGUCAGCCGGGGCGCCGUAGGCUUGGCUGGAGUGGAUGGGGAGCCACCCAAGGCACAUCCUACCCGUGCAGCCCCCUCCCUCCACCAGCUACUGACAGCACAGAACUUCCAGGCCCCACCUGCUCCCAGCCACAGCAAGUGGGACACUGAGGGGCCGCCCUACCCAUGUCCCUCACCACCGAGGCCCCCAAACCCUCCUCAGCCCCACACCACUUUCCCCUGGCACACUGCUCCUGAAAGGGAGGCCAAGUCAGUGUUUCGGGAUGGUUUCAAAACCCUAGGGAAGCUGGCCCUUUAAAAGGACCCUAACUGAUCAUGGGUAGGUACAGAUUUCCCCAAAUAAGGCUUGAGGAAAGCCGCAUGUACCUUUCCCACAUUCCUUCUCCUUAACCUUUUUGGAGGUUUGGCCACUAACUGGUGGGGAUUAGAAUGGAUACUGCUGGGGGCCUUGCCAGCUCUGACAUUCUGGGACAUUAAAUGUCUGCUCUCCUGUUACCUGUGGCCCAGGACACCAGUGGGGUUGACUGAGGGAGCUGAAGGGGCCUUGGGCUCCCAAGUGAAAUGGCUCCUCCCGCUCAUUCAUUCCAUACCUCCCCACAUAACUCAAGCCAAGCUGCAGCUCCCCCCAGCUUAAAACAAUGCCCAGACCUCAUGCAACAUGCACUCCCCCCUUCCACUCCUGGCCCCGUCCAAUGACACUUCCCCUGAACGCUGAUGGCAGAUGGUCAGAUCUGGCUUCCAAGGACAGAACUGCCCCUCGGAAGUCACAUGCAAGUCUGAACUCAGACUUGGCCACCUGUAUGGGUUCUUACAAGCAAAGAAAGCACAAAGCUUGACACUGGGGAGUCUGUUACCCCAACUUUGCUUUGCAAAAGGUUUUGAUGUACCCUGAGCUCCAGAAAGGGAGGAAGUGUAUCUGUUGGUGGGGGCCUCCCUUGACCUCAGUACCAAGUCUGUGCCCUGAAUUUGCAGAGUAACCCUUCCCCAGGGCCCAGCUGGCCUGGGGACAGUGCCCACUACAUCUAGGACUGCCUGCUUAGUGAACACACUUCUGGACCUACUACGAGGAACUUUGGUAAAAGCUAGCUUGGGGGAAGGGUUUGGGUGUACAUAUGAGGG